AUGGCGGUCGCAUCAUCCUCGCUGCCAUCGACUUGCAUCAUCGAUGCAACCAUGCACUUUGAAGGCCGUCGUGGCCGUCGAACAUUUCCCGAGAAGAACGCCUCGCAGAUUCAGUUUGGGGGCGCUGCCGCCAACAGUCAUCUAGAAGAGCAAGAGGGAGUGGUGCGGCGACAGGCCCAAACACCUGCACCGGUCUCAUGGCAGCACCAGCAGGAGCGGCCAACGCGACGACCGCGCGGCCCGGGGACGACGUUUGCCGCGCACAUAGAGGCGAAUGGUUUUCCAGCUGCUGCCUCGCGGCGCAGCGCCCGCGUCGAUGUCGCGCCCGAGUGUUUGUACCAGUAUGACACCAGCAAGCUGCACACGCAUAAGAGACUGACUCAGAUGCCGAACCGCGUAAAGCAGUGCAACCGCACCCUGCAGCUGUUUCUGCAGCCGCAGGAGCAGGUUGCGCGGUCUGCAGCGGCUGCUGCGAUGCUUGGUGAGUCACAGGAUGGGCUGCUGCUCUCUUCUCUCUAUCCAUCUCUGCAGGGACAAGCGCACAGGAGAGACCCACGAAUGAUUGUCGACGCGGCCAGGACCUCAUCCAGGUCAGUUACUGACUCUGCGCCGCAUGAUAGCGCCACGAUGGCUGCCUGUCGUCCUUGCCUUCCCUGGGCGUCUACCGAGGACCUCGACCACUCGCCUCUGUCCAGGGAGGCUGAGUCAGCCGAUCAACAGUGGCUGCUAGAGUACCUCGAUCAGCGUGAGUUCGAUAGGCUGCGUGAGGCAUGCCACCCAGUGGAAAGACAUGUGGACGCAGUCGUCGAUGAGGACGCACGAGCUCAGUACGGUCAAGUUGCCGUCCCCACGCUGCCGUCUGGUGUGACACCGCUGUCUUUCCGCCAAGUCGACAGCGCCAACAUCGCUGCAAUCGCUCCUCCACAGCGGCGUCGAGCAAAACGUCGCAGCGGCGGACGUGAUGACGGCGACGGCGCCAUGUAUGCACAUCCACUGAAAAGCCGUGACCGGCAACCGUGGGAGCGCGAGUAUGCGCUCGAAGCGCACACAACUCCCCCUCGCACCCGAUCAUCCCACCGUGCAUCGGUGCAGAAUGUGGGCGCAGAUGAGAACAGGGAAGGCAAUCACGAUCGCAACAGCCGAGUGGAUAACACAUCCACAAACACUUCUGGCGAAGGCAUGUACACGCCUAACGGGCACUGUACCUCCAGUUCACAUCCUCGACAAAUCAUGGGCCCCUACACCAACGUCUUUGACAGAGCUGAGGUUCACCAAGAACCACCUAAGCGCGCCACUUGUAUCGUCCCGCGAACUGGGGGAGUGGCUGAUGCCACUCCCCCAGUUCCCCGCACCUCCGCCUGGUUUGUGCCCCUGCGUAGGGACCGUAUUGUGUCGUCCACGUAUCGCAGUAGAUGCAGCGACCACGUUCGCGCAUCGUAUUCAUUUCGGGCAGAGAAGGAGCGACAAGCUGACCAAUGUCAGACCCACGCCUCAGUAACAUCACCAGCGCUGCGCCGUAGCCCGUCCUUCAUCACAGUGCCUCCCACAGUGCGAUGGUCACCGCCACCGCCACAGCGCAGUCUGUCCACCACGGCGGAGGCAAGGCCAGCAACAGCCUCCUCUUCCACCUCUGCUCGAACACGAGCGAUGGUUACACUUCACGACGUCUGCACAUAUCAGCAGUCGCGGGCACCCUCUUUGCAGCAACAGCAGCACUGGAGGCCGACAGGCAGCGCCUCCCCGUCUCCACUCGUCUCCACCUCCUCUGCAUGCGCACAAGGACGAGACAACACAGCGCCGACGCUGCGAGACGUGUAUCGUGCGUUAAGAACCUCCGCAGCGGUGAUGUGA